AUGAAAAAAUCCACGGCGCUAGUUGAUGCAGCCUCGUGGUACUGUGCCGUAGCCUUGUUGGCCUUAAUAUUGAUAGCUUCCAUCAGGGCAAAUUCUGCAUCAGAUGAACCUGUGAGAGGGAGCCAGCUCCUAAACCGGCCCUGUGAUGAAAUUUAUGUCGUCGGAGAAGGGGAGACCCUGCACACAAUCAGCGACAAGUGCGGCGACCCUUUCAUCGUUGAGCGCAACCCUCACAUCCAUGACCCUGACGAUGUUUUCCCUGGCCUUGUUCUCAAGAUCAUCCCUUCGACGGGUAGGAAACUAUAG